CAUUGUUGGCGACGGCGGUAUUCUACGUUAUUUAGUAACGAUAAACAGUACUCAAGAGCUUUGGACGCUGAAGAGCAAAAAAGUUCCAUUAAACUUAAUAGCAGAACAAAAACAAGAAAAAUAAUACGGGAAUCAACAGCUGGCGUACAUAUCAACAACACGCACGUCUUAUUUGCAUACUAUUGUACAUACAUGCACACAACUGUAGUUUAUCUUCUUUAUUAUCAAAUUAACGCAUAACUAUCAGCCAGCCAAGUGUUCGCUCACCUCUAUCAGCGAGUAAGAUCAGUGACGAUUUUAUGUACUCGCAAGUGAACUGAGACAACCUUCACCUUGCAAUACUCAGUGAGAAUUUUCUGGGCACGACGAUGGGGAGAAAUAUAACAACAGUGUCUCAGUAUAUCUACAGAAGUUCGCUCUAUCGAGCGGGUUCUCAACAACACACUCGCAGUUGGUUGCGUUGCUUAUCGGUUCAACGACCAGCAGCAGUAAAAUCGCUGAACGCACAUCCUGCGCAUCUUCAUUACAUAGGCAAGCAGCCGUUAGUUUAUCGUAGUGUGGGCCAGGAGUUGGAGCUUGCAGCUGCCGAAUAUGGCAGCACCGAAGCCAUUGUUUCGUGUCACGAACAAAAACGACACACAUUCCGCAGCCUCCUCGAAGACGUCGACCGUGUGGCGGCUGGUCUGCUGAAACUAGGUUUGAAACAAGGCGAUCAUGUCGGUAUUUGGGCGCCGAACAAUAUGCAUUGGUAUCUGACGAUGUUAGGCGCAGCGCGCGCCGGUCUGGUGUCGGUUGGUAUAAAUCCCGCCUUUCAAGGGCCCGAAGUAGACUAUUGCCUGAAGAAGGUUAAGGUGAAGGCCGUAAUAAUGCCGGAAACAUUUAAAACCCAGAAUUUUUACGAAAUCAUAAAAAGUAUCUGCCCCGAGUUGCCGCAUAGUGUUGAUGGCCGUAUAAAUAGUGCCAAUCUGCCACAUCUGAAACACGUCAUAAUCGACACACCCAACAGGCUGAAGGGCGCGCUCAGCUUCGACGAUUUGCUCGGCUUAGGCAACUCGGAUGAGCGUGAGGCCAUCGCACAACUACAGCGAUAUGUUAUGCCAGAUAGCGGCUGCAAUAUUCAAUUCACCUCCGGCACGACGGGUAAACCCAAAGCUGCUCUGCUUUCGCAUUACAACUUCGUGAAUAACGGCACACAUAUUGGCAAUCGUAAUCAACUCGAUAGCAAUUCACGCAUUUGUGUGCAAGUACCACUCUUUCACGUCUAUGGCGUUGUUAUAACGGUUAUGGCCGCAAUGACACAUGGCAGCACUUUGGUAUUACCAGCUGCUGGGUUUAGUCCCGCGGACUCACUAAAAGCGAUCGUCGAUGAGAAAUGUACAGUGAUACAUGGCACACCCACUAUGUAUGUGGAUCUAAUAAAGAAACAGCGUGAGCUGAAACUGCCUUUGAAGACGGCGAAAAUGGCCGUAACUGGAGGUGCACCAUGCUCUCCGCAACUCUUUUUGGAUAUCAAAGAAGUUCUUGGUCUUGACCAUGUGCGCACCGUAUAUGGUUUGACUGAAACCACUGCGGUUAUCUUCCAGUCCCGUCCAGGCGAUAAUAAUGAGCGCAUUUUGAAUACAGUCGGCCAUCUGCAGGAUCAUGUCGAAGUGAAAGUAGUUGAUGCGGAGGGCCAUAUAGUGCAGUUCGGCCAACCAGGAGAGCUGUAUGUGCGUGGUUAUGCCACAAUGUUGGAGUAUUAUGACGAUCCGGAGAAAACCAAGGAGACCAUGGGCAACGAUAAGUGGUUGAAGACAGGCGAUCAGUUCAUUUUGGAGGCGGACGGCUAUGGUCGCAUAGUCGGGCGACUGAAGGAGAUGAUCAUUCGUGGCGGCGAGAAUAUAUUUCCCAAGGAAGUGGAAGAUUUCCUCAACUCGCAUUCAAAGAUUAUUGAAGCGCACGUGAUCGGCGUACCAGAUGAACGCUUGGGUGAGGAGUGCUGUGCCUUUGUGCGUCUACAAGAUGGCGUUGAGAGCAUUACGCAUGAGGAAUUAAAGGAAUUUGCCAGAGGAAAAAUCGCGCAUUUUAAAGUGCCACGCUUUGUCAUACCCAUAGAUCAGUUUCCGAGAACUGCUUCGGGAAAGAUACAAAAGUUUAAACUUGCCGAGACAUACAAACAAAUGCAAAAGGAAAAGGCUUAAGUACAUUAAUUUAUUGUCGAAGGAAAAUAAGCAAAUAAAUAGAAAAAAAAAUUU